AUGGAGUACUCAUCGACCUGGCUCGUGGAACCCUCUAUGUUUUUAUCCUUGCUCUGUCAGCGUCCUACGAGAAAUAGCCAAAAGGUUUGCAUUGCGAAUACUGGUUUCGAUCAAGGCAAGAUGUUAGGAUACGAGGGUCAAGCAUGGGACAUUGACAAGUCGGUCAUCGACCAUCAAGACUUUGUCGUUCUGGUAGCUGGGAAUAAUGCUGGGAAGUCAAGUCUAAAAGCAAUCAUAUUUGGGGCGACAGGAACAACACGUCCCAACGAUAACUACGGACCUGACAGCGAGGUUGGUGCAAAGACAAUGACGAGAAUUAACGACACAGGUAAUUUUAGCAGCAGAGGUCCAACCAAACCUGGCCGGGAUAUCAACGGCAAUGGAUAUGCCGGUAGAACAAAGCCUGAUGUUGUAGCUCCUGGUGUGGCCAUAUUGUCAGCUGCAUCAAGAGCAAUGGCUAAGGAUUCAAGAAACAGGGUGAUGUAUGGACGUACUGAAGAUGAUGAUUGGACCUUUAUGUCAGGCACGAGCAUGUCGACACCUCUUGUCGCAGGCUGCGUGGCACUGCUUCGCGAAGCUCUGGAGGAACAUGGCAAGGAGAAACCUAGCGCGGCGCUCAUCAAGGCACUACUUUUCAAUGGCGCUGUGAAUUUCUCUGAGCAACUUGGCCUUGGACUGGGCUAUGACUACGAUCAAGGGUUUGGCCGCGUGGACAUCGACAGUUCGAUCUCUAUGGUGAAGCUGCCUUUCUUCGUCGAUGGUGGAAAGCUAUUUGAAGACACACAGUUUGACGUGGCACCUUUACGUCAAGUCCCUGAGGAAGAGAGACGAUGGACAAGCUCUAUUAUUCCUGUCCCUGCUGGAUGA